AUGGAGAUUAUCCCGGCUGGUGAAGAUGUCCAGGAGGCUCCUACUGAGGUUGCCCCUGUUACCGAGGGAGCGGAGCCCGAACUAGUUGGUGAUGAGGGCGCUGCGGAGAGGGUCAGGAGCAAGCAUCCUCCUCCUUCUGAAACGCCUGCCCUGGCUCCUAUUCCCAAGAGGUCUCGGGCCUCUAGAAAACCAGCUCCAGCUCUGCCUCCUCUCGAGAAGAAGAAGGAGACUUCUGUGAUUGAAGAGGCGCGCCUGGAAGAAAAUAUAAUCGCAACCAGCGAUGCCCGGGGUCAUCUUGCUGCAGCUCAGGAGCAUCUGAAGACCCUCAGGGAGGAAUUGGCUUACACCAGAGAAGCCGUGGAGAGGGCUAAUAAGAGGGCAGCUGCUGCGGAGGUCAGCCGUGAUGAGGCAUUAGAGCAGCUGUCCUCUUUGGGAGAAACCCAGAAGGAGAGGGAUGAGGCCGUGAGCCAAAGAGAUGAGUCCCGGCGCUGGCACGAAUCGUUGAAGGAAGAUUUUGAUGUCGUGCUGGCUCAGAAGGAUGAAGCCCUAGCUCGGAUAGUAGUCCUCGGGCAAAAGCUGAGUAGGAGUGCUGAUAAUGUUAAAGACUUGAACCUGGCAGUAGAGACAACCACGCUCCAGAACCAGCAUCUCUGCCAGGAGGUCGAGGCUUUGAAGAAGAGAUGUGCAGCCCUGCUCGAGGACGCUAAGCUUGCUGAAGACAGGGUCCAGCUGGAGUGUGAGGAGCGCUUGAGGGAGUACAAGGAGCCAACCGAGCUGAAGAGGGAGAUUGAACAGGCCUGUGAAGCUCAUCUCCAAAGCUAUAAAGAUUCUUUUGAGCUGAAAGCCAAGAUAGUUGAGGCCUGUGAGGACUUCAAUCAGGGCCUGAGGGAAGCUAGGUAUGCCCCUUCCACCCCGUUGGCUGAACUCCGAGCCGCUGAAGUAGAUUCCGACGGCGAGGAUGUGCUUUACGGGGAGGAUGACAGACCCUUGCCCAAGGGAGCUCCUCACACUGCAGCUGGGUCUCCUGAAGAAGACACCGAGCUGGGGGAGGAAGAUGAGCCUGAGGGGAGCGAUGUCGGACCUCAGGGGGAAGAUGCAGAGCCCCAAGGAGGAGAAAUUGUACCAUUUGUAAAUAGUAGUGUAGGUACUGAUAAUGUAGAUAAUGAAGCUCCUAGGAAUGUAAGUCCUUUAAGGACAAUUUUUCCCCCCGUAGUUAUAGAUGACUAG